UCUCCACUCCUCACGGCAAGAAGCUCAUCGACAUGGCCUGCAAGCUGAUCGUCCUCGCCGCAUUCGUGGCUGUGGCCCGCGCCGGCUACCUGGGUGCCCCCGCGGUCUACGCCCCCGGCGCCCCCAUCGCCGCCCGCGCCUACGCCGCCCCCGUGGCGUACGCCGCCCCAGCUCUUCGUGCUGCUCCCGUGGCAUACGCCGCCCCCGCCCUGCGUGCCGCCCCCGUCGCCUAUGCCGCCCCUGCCGUGAGAGCCGCCCCCGUCGCAGUCGCCGCCCCCGCCGCCGUCGCCGCCGAGUACGACCCCAACCCCCAGUACAGCUACGCCUACAGUGUGCAGGACGCCCUCACUGGUGACUCCAAGAACCAGCAGGAGAGCCGCAGCGGUGACGUCGUCCAGGGCAGCUACAGCCUGGUCGAGCCCGACGGUUCCAUCCGCACCGUCGACUACACCGCCGACCCCGUCAACGGCUUCAACGCCGUCGUGCACAGGGAGGCCGCCGCCCACCCCGCCCCCGUCGUCGCCAAGGUGGCCGCCCCCGUCGCCUACGCCGCCCCCGCCAUCGCCAAGGUGGCCGCCCCCGUCGCCUACGCCGCCCCCGCCAUCGCUAAGGUCGCUGCUCCUCUUGCCUACGCCGCCCCCGCCUACGGCAAGGCUAUCCUGGGUUAAGUUACGUUAGUAACUUCGCAGGCAAACGAUACUUAAAGAAUGAUGCGUGCAAAUUCUUGUAUUUAUUGUGUGUAAAUGUGUUCUGAUCAGUAUUUUAUACCCAACAAAUAAAAACUGUUGACGCAAUAGUGAGAA